AUGGACGCCAGUGCUUACUGCCCUUGCUACUUCCCAACUAGGUUCGCAGGGCAGUUCUCUAAUUACAUGAUUGCGUUUAGCAUAGCACCUGCACUUUUUCCGCCAGUCCCCGAGGCUCUUUACUCAUUUGAUGUAUAA